UAAGCUUGCUCCCUGCCUUCCUCGCGGCCCUUCCACGUAGCGCGUAAUUGCGUCACAGGCACGCGCGUAUAAAAACUCGGCCGCGGGGCGGGUCCGCUCUUUUCGGAGGCUUAGCGUCUGCUCAAAAUGGCGCUGCAAAAAACCAAAAAGCUGAAAAAGUCAUCUUGCAAGUAUAGCCUUGAUCUCACCCAUCCUGUAGAAGAUGGAAUAUUUGAUUCAGGAAACUUUGAACAGUUCCUGAAGGAAAAAGUUAAAGUCAAUGGAAAAACUGGAAACCUGGGAAAUGUAGUUCAUAUUGAACGUUUUAAAAACAAGAUCACAGUGACAUCUGAGAGACAGUUCUCAAAAAGGUACCUUAAGUAUCUCACAAAGAAGUAUCUCAAGAAGAAUAAUCUUCGUGACUGGCUACGCGUGGUUGCAUCUGACAAAGAGACCUAUGAGCUGCGAUAUUUCCAGAUCAGUCACGAGGAUGAAGAGUCUGAAGCCGAGGAAUAAAAUGAGCUUUUACAUGGCACGUUGUGUUCCUUGAUGAGCAGAGUGUACAAAUGAACCAUCUAUUUAUGAGAAUGAAUUAAUUUAUUACCAAAUAAAGAACUUGUACACAGACUUAAACCAUCUGUAUAGACAGUGGGGAUUUCUUGCACUUCAAAAGUUGCAUUAAAAGGCCAUCCUGAUGAAA